CCCAGUUUACAGAAGAUAUUGAACAGUGUAAGUUGGAGCUAUUGUUACCUAGAUUGCUUUGCUAAACCCUCCACAGCCAUGGUGAGAGAGAAGGCCCACGUUAACCUGGUCAUCAUCGGCCAUGUCGACAGUGGGAAGUCAACCACAACUGGACAUCUCGUCUACAAGUGUGGCGGAGUAGACCAGAGGAAACUGGAGAAGUUCGAGAAGGCUGCAGCUCAGAUGGGGAAGAGCUCCUUCAAGUUUGCCUGGCUGUUGGACAAGCUGAAGGCUGAGCGAGAGCGAGGUAUCACCAUCGACAUCUCCCUGCUGAAAUUCAACACCCAGAAAUACAGCAUGACCAUCAUCGACGCACCAGGACACAGAGACUUCAUCAAAAACAUGAUUACUGGGACAUCCCAGGCUGACGUCGCCCUGCUGGUCGUCUCUGCAGCAAAAGGAGAAUACGAGGCUGGCGUUUCCAGGAGUGGCCAGACCAGAGAGCAUGCCUUACUGGCGUACACCCUGGGCGUCAAGCAGAUCAUUGUCUGUGUGAACAAGAUGGACGCGACUGAGCCGCCGUACAGCCAGAAGCGCUUUGAGGAAGUGGCCAGAGGCGUGAGGGUCUUCCUCAAGAAGAUCGGCUACGACACGAACGCCGUGCCCUUUGUUCCAAUCUCUGGCUGGCUGGGCGAGAACAUGAUCACCCCAACACAAAAGAUGCCAUGGUACCAAGGCUGGAAGGUCCGACAAAGGGAUGGCGCUGCGUGUGGGAAGACCCUCCUUGAGGUUUUGGACUCCAUUACGCCGCCUGUGCGCACAGUUAACAAGCCACUGCGUUUACCCCUGCAGGACGUCUACAAAAUUGGAGGUGUUGGGACUGUCCCAGUGGGAAAGAUUGAAACGGGAAUCCUGAAACCCGGCAUGACCCUGAUGUUCUCCCCGGCCAAGCUCACUGCUGAGGUGAAGUCCAUCGAGAUGCACCACCAAGGUCUGGAUGCGGCUCUGCCAGGGCACAACGUGGGCUUCAACAUCAAGAAUGUGUCUGUGAAGAACCUGCGGCGUGGGGACGUGGCCGGCAACGCUCAACACGACCCCCCUUCAGAUGUCCGCAGCUUUGAAGCUCAGGUGAUCAUCCUGAACCAUCCAGGGAAGAUAAAAACGGGGUACUCCCCCGUACUGGACUGUCACACGGCCCACGUCACCUGCCGCUUCGCCGAGCUGAAGGAGAAGCUUGACCGCCGUACGGGCAAGAAACUGGAGGACAACCCGCCGUUGCUGAUGUCCGGAGACGCAGCCACGGUCACACUGGUUCCCAUAAAGCCCAUGUGUGUGGAGAGCUUCUUCACGUACCCUCCUCUAGGUCGCUUUGCAGCGAGGGACCUGAAGCAGACGGUUGCAGUAGGAGUGAUAAAGUCUGUGGAGAAGGACCAAGGGUCAAAAGCUUCACAGAGAUCACAGCCUUCUAAAUAAGCUGGCUGUGGUUUACUGGUUCGCUGCAGAGUCCAUGUUUGAGCAUUAUUUGGAAAAAAUGCAUGUUUGUGUUGCAACAAAAAGUAUUUAUAAUUUCUUUAAAGUGUAUGAUAUUCCUGUGUUAAUAGGGCCCCUGUUUAAAAAAAUGGGAUGAAUUAUUUAUUUUCUGUCUUUAAACUGAGAAAC